AAUAGUACAUGACUUGCUUCCAGUUAAUUAUUAGAGCUCAUAUAUAAUUACUUCCCUGAUCUCUCUGAGUCUUUCUCCAAGUUAGACACAAAACAAUGGGAAAGUCUCCUUGUCGUGACGAGCGGGAAGGUUUAAAGAAAGGUCCAUGGACUGUAGAGGAAGAUCGGAAACUGCUUGAUUAUAUUCAGAAACAUGGGCAUGGUAGAUGGAGAAUCCUUCCCAAUAAUGCAGGUCUAAAAAGGUGUGGAAAGAGUUGCCGGCUUCGCUGGACAAACUAUUUGAGACCAGACAUCAAGAGAGGCAGGUUUUCAUUUGAAGAAGAAGAUACCAUAAUACAACUACACGGUGUUUUGGGAAAUAAGUGGUCCGCCAUUGCUGCUCACUUGCCGGGAAGAACAGAUAACGAGAUAAAAAACUAUUGGAACACCCACAUCAGAAAGAGGCUAUUAAGAAUGGGAAUUGAUCCAGUGACUCAUACCCCACGGCUCGAUCUUCUCGAACUCUACUCCAUUCUGAGCUCAUCUCUCUACCACUCAUCUCAACUUAAUAAUUUCCCCAGUCAGCAGCCAGGAGUCGGACCUUUAGGAAACCCAAAUCUUCAAGGUCUAGCCACAGCUGAUCAUCUCCUGUCACCCCAAUACAAAACAACAGAGAUUACUUCUCAGUAUGAUCCCCAGCAAAACCAAUAUCACAAUACCCUAGUUUCAAACCAGUUCCAGUCUUCCCAUCCCAUACAUGAGCUAAACACGAGUACUUAUGCUGCACAAGUAAACCAGCUUCAUAGCGCAGUGCAAGAAACUCGACCUUGUGCAGCAUCACAUGCUCUUAGCACUCCAUUUCGAAGGGAACCUCAGCUCACACAAGCAAAAUUGGAGCAACUCUCUCCAAAUCUUACCAAUUUUAUCCGCCAAAAUGCUCUGACAAACUUGUGGCCGAGUAUGGGAGACCAACCAAAUUUAGCCAGGAAUGACUUUCCUUUGCAAAAUGUGGAUUCCAUUAUUGACCCUCAACUUGAAAACGAAAUUUUACAGACUAGGAACAAUAUUGAUCAGCAGAUACCAAAUUACAGUUUUGGCUCGCUGACAACGACAACUUCACCCAGUCCCACUCCCUUAUCGUCUACUACAGGCCACCUACGCCAACUGCAGCACUGAAGAUGAGAGGGAUAGUUACUGCAGCAAUAUUAUGAUGUUUAAUAUGCUUGCCAAAUAGCUUAAAUGCCAGUGUUGACGUCGAAGCUAGCUGCAAUGUGCAGCAACAAGUUGCUGAUCCUAUUUUCUUACCAGCUUAGUCUGUUUCUAGCUAGUGACGUUUCAUGUUCAGAUCAUUUGGCUUUGGUCGAUUUAAUUGUACGUUCUGCAUGACUUGUAGUUGUACUUACGAUAUUAAGAGUUUUGCUAAGUACAGAUAAA